UAUACCGACUUGUUAGCGCGGUCCUUGCCGUCGCAAGCUACUUCUAUCAUGUGACGUGCGCCUGGACGGAUUUGGUCCGGGCCGAGCUCAACAGGAAGUGAACGUGGCAAGGCGUGGCGUCGAAUGUGGGUUGAUAGCUGCAAUUUACGCUCAACCUUCUAGGCGGACCAUAAUUGCGGAAGGCACGCAAACGUCCCACAUCAUGCCUAGUCUGCUCGCCAUAACGGGCUCUCAUACGUUGGCCGGUAGAAUCGGUUUGGCAUUCUUCGAUCCGCCAUAAUGAUGAACAACAGCUUGACCGAAUAUGUCUUGAUCCGGAUCGUGAUCCUCAUCCUCCACUAUAUUGGACCGGCUUGCAGCCUCUACGCCACAAAGCUCGCUCACAGAGCUCUCGUUUCGUCCGAAUGGCCGGCCCUGAGUGUCUUCCAGAUAUGGUGCGUUGCAGAAGCAGCUUUUUACGGCUUCUUUCUGUGGUACCGUGUGCACCUCCAGCGUGAAGCCACACACCCUCCCUUGCGCUCCAAGGCCGAGCGCAAGGCAUUGUUUGACAAGGUGCGCGGUGAGAUUCAUGAUGUGGAACGCUUCCUUAGCGGCUGGUUUCGUGGUGCUAGGGUUGAAGAUAUCGGACGAGAUGAUGCGAAGGAUUUCUUAUCUUGGGCUUUCUGGGAGAGUAGGACCGUGCGAGAGGAUGAGGCAGAGCUUGAAGAGGUCACGCAGGGCGUAGAGAAGAUGGUAGGCAGAACGUUCAAGCCUGGCAGAGGGACUGCCAAGAGUCUGCGAUUGACGCUGGACCCUAUCGAGAUCGAGUGCAGGAGUCUGCUAUGGUAUACGAUCAUCAUGCUUGUCGACACCAUCUCGCACGUCCGGUUGUUACGGUAUGGGAUGCGGUAUUACUCUACCCUCUCAGCAACCCUGACCGUCUUCCCGCCUCGGCCACUUGCGGCGGUGACGGCAACAUCACGCUCACCAGCGAAGAGCCUCAGCUACUGGCUGCGUCCGCACACGUCGAAGACACGCCUGCCAAUAGUCUACUUGCAUGGCAUUGGUGUCGGCCUGCAUCCGCAUGUAGAGUUCUUACAUGAGCUUGAUAUCGCGCUUAACCAUUCUUCUACUGAAGACGACAAGGUCGGCAUCAUGUCAAUCGAAGCCUUGCAGAUCUCAAGCAGGUUGACCCAUUCGAUACCUACUCGCACCGAGUUUCUGCGGCAGUUUACGCAAAUACUCGAAGCGCACAGCUACGACCGUUUCGUCCUGCUCUCGCACUCCUACGGCUCCGUACAUUCUACCUACGUUCUCACGCACGAUGCACUCGCUUCAAGAGUAGCGGCUGCGCUCUUCGUCGAUCCUGUGACGAUUCUGCUGCACAUGCCUGACGUGGCGUACAAUUUCACUGUCCGUAAGCCGAAGCACGCAAACGAAUGGCAACUUUGGUACUUCGCUUCUAAAGACCCAGGCGUAGCGCAUACACUCGGUCGCCACUUCUUCUGGAGCGAAAACAUAUUAUGGCGCGAACGCAUCAUGCAACUUGUCGAUAGUGGUAUGCGCGUGACGGUCAGCUUGGGGCGGAGAGACCUGAUCGUGGACACGCCCGCUGUCGGCGCGUAUCUGAUGGAGCAUAAAGUCCCGGAUCCGGUUGUUGUCCGUGACGGUACUAACGAGAAGCACAUGGAGCUGCUGGAUGGUGCGCCAACGGGAGAGAAGGCGUCGCGAGAGAAGACAGCCGACUGGAAGACACGGCCAUGGAAGGGUCAAGGUCUCGAAGUGCUAUGGUGGGACGAUCAGGACCAUGCGCAAGUGUUUGACGAAGCGUCAUCGCGAAAGAAGCUAGUAGAUGUUCUCGUCGAGUAUAGUAAGGAUAGGAAGAUCCCCUCAUAGGAGUGUAGCCUGUGAAGCCAGGCUACUUUGCGACAAAAGCCUCAUGAGCGCCUUCGUUCAACGCAUGCCGCCGCUCCCUGGUACAGCGCCUUUACGUUUGUACCCGUGAUAAGUACCUUUCACUGACGACACUCUCACUAUAGAAGAAGAAAAUGUGGUUGACACUACCAGGUAUAUUCGAUGUUUGGGGACCAAAGGCAGGCUUCGCGUACCGUUGCCAGGGUUGCACUUCCGUCGCUAGGGUU